AUGGGGAGACUCCGGUCCAAAAGCAUCGGGUCACUCUCACGCGAAAGCCGAAUCGCAGCGUUGUCGGUGCACCUGCGCACUCGCCUUGCGUAUGCGGCCGCGAAGAUCGAAAAGAGCCGACAAAUACAGAAGGCCCAGGAUCUCCCGCCGACGGCCCGCAUCGACUAUCUGCUGCGAUCAGGGCACCUUCCUUACCCCGGUCAGACCGAUGCCCAACAUGCAGUAAGAGUAAGUUCGCCUGCCAGUACGACAAUGUCAUCGCCGGACAUGCAUACAACGGCCGGGUACAAUCAUCCGAGCGGCUCUGCACGUUUGUCUCCAGCGGCGUGGUCAGAAGCUGCAUCCCCCCACAUGGUACCAUCGAGACACCACCACCACCACCACCACCACCAUCAUCAAUCUCUUAUGGAUCGGUCCACGCGGCCUAGACUCGCCCCGCCUGUAGAUAUCAUCCCGAUGGGGGGAAGCAGUCACACUCGACGUCGACGUCCGAACCCAAACGAGUUCAUCCACCGACCCUUUUCGCACCGCAGACAUCAUUCACACCAGGAGCUCGAUCUGUCUCAAUCAAAUAGUACACACUCCGAAAGAAUCCUAGUACCAGGGACCCCUCCGCUUCAUGCAUCCAACUCAGCCAGUUCCGCGCGCUACGGCGGGCUGGGCAGCGAACAGGGCCACUCCCGAAAUAGCACAAUGGAGCAAGACGCGAUCGAGACGCUGCUUUUCAUGUCCAGCCCCGGGCACACGGGGUACCACUCGAACUCGCAACACUCCCAGCGACCCCAGAACGUCCCUCGCAGCAGCAACGGGUCGCAGGAAUCGAGUCUGCGGGUGCCAUGGGGCCAGCCCUCACAUCGCGGCAGUACCCAGGGUCAGUCUGCCGAGGAACUUACCGGGUUAGAAGCCCAAGCCGGGGACGAAAUCGACCGAUUGCUGGACCAGAUGGACAGCGACAGCGAGGGUGACGGUGAGAUGGACAGGGUCUCCGGCCGGUCACGGCAGGGGGGGAGUUCCGCGGAGCCCAGCCGAUCUCACAAAUCUCAGCAUUAG